AUGUCCAACUCAUUUAGCUCCAUUUGCACCUACCCCAUUCGCUCCGAUCUGUUCGCUCAAGCCAUUCACCCCAACGUUCCUCUCCUUGCUCUAGGCCUCGCCUCAGGCCAUGUUCAACUCCAGCGCCUCCCUUCCUCAGACCCCAAGGAGGCGCGCAAUAGCACCAUCGAAACCGCAUGGCGUACGCGUCGUCAUAAAGGAAGCUGUCGCAGCCUAUGCUUCGAUCAUGAUGGGGAGCAACUGUUUUCUGCUGGGACGGAUGGAAUUGUGAAGGUUGCGGCCACAGAGACGGGGCAGGUCGCGAGUAAAAUCGCUGUACCGCUACACAAUAACUCAAUUGAUCCAACUUCCAUCCUCCACGCCCAAACGCCCCAAACCCUCCUCCUCUCCACGGACUCCUCCGCCGUCUACCUCUACGACCUCCGCGCCAACUCCACCCUCGCAUCCUCCAACCCACAACAAACGCACCAUCCACACGACGACUAUGUUUCCUCUAUGACACCACUACCGCCAACUGAAGACUCCAGAAGCGGACUCAGCAAACAAUGGGCUUCCACAGGCGGCAGUACCAUAGCGAUAAUGGACAUACGAAAAGGAGUGUUGAUUAAGAGCGAGGAUCAGGGAGAGGAGAUACUGAGCUCUUGCAUUGUGGAUGGGAAGCUGGUGGUUGGGAGUGAGAAGGGAGUCCUACGGAUAUGGCAGGUGGGGUCGUGGGACGAUAAUGAACAGACCGUUGCUGUGGUGGGGAAGGGGGCUAGUGCUGAUGUGCUGGCCGCUAUGGGGGAGAAUCCAAUGGUGGCAGUGGGAAUGGAUGAUGGGUGCGUCAGAUUUGUGGACAUGGGCAGGAAAAAGCCGAAGGUACUACAUGAGACGGAGGUGAGACACGAUGAGGUGGAGGGGGUAUUGGGUUUGGGGUUUGAGAUUGGGGGAAGGAUGAUUAGUGGGGGUGGACAGAUUGUCAAGGUUUGGGACGACAAUUAUGGAUUGGAUAAUGGAGAGGACGAAGAGGAUGAAGUCGAGGAAGUGGGCGCUAGGAAUGGCAAGAGGGCCAAUGGGUUUGACAGUGAUGAGGAUGACCGCGGAGCUGAUUCGGUGGAGAGCAGUGAGGAAGAGCAGCGCAAGGGGAAGAAGAAGAAGAAAAGGAAGCGAAAUAAGGGUAAAGCCCAAAGUGGUGUGCAACAUGUCAUGAGCUUCAAAGGCAUGGAUUGA